AUGAGAUUCCGAUUUACGGUAAGCGACCGACUUCCUUGGCAAAAUGGGAUGAAUCUAACUUCAACCGGUUUAGUAACAUCUGGCGAUGACCCUACCACCUGGAUCGCGCGCCCAGAUAAUAGCACUUCGUUGGGCAGCGACCUAGUUUUCAAUGCUGAUGGCAUUACCUCGGACUCCACCAUUGUUGCUUGUGUGAAUGAGACUGGCCUGACGAACCCUGUGAAUUUUGUCCAAGUUGGAAGUAAUUCAAGUGGCGAGCUCACAAAUGUGUGGACUCUCUAUGGGACAACUGUCUUGAUCAACGAAGAUGGGGCCAACUUUUAUGCACAGUCCACGGAUGAGGAUGGGUGGUAUAACUUGGUAUGGAGUGAUUCUGUUGAUGCGUCAACUGAUAAUAUUCUCCUUACUUUGCUUGCUGAGACUCAAUAG